AUGAAGCUUCUUCUGCAACCCUGCUGGAGGUCGCAAGGUAAGUGGCCCUCCGGGUAGGCCGAAUAUUGCUUUGUUAUCUGGGCUUCUCGCUCGUUUGUCUUUGUUUGCUUGUGUUUGUCCUUGUUAUAAGCUAAAUACCGUUCUGUUGAAUUUAUCUGCACCGUCGUCUGGGAAGUCCAAGCAGCCCUAUUUAGGGACAGCACUGAUCAUCUCCGCGAGGGGGCUGAGGCUAGAAAAGGUGCCAUAAACAAAUGUUUGGAUCACGUCCUCUGCGCGCUGACCGUGGCUCGCAGACGCAAAAUACACGAUCGAAACAAUCAAGUAAGAACCCAUGCCCUCUCUCCUCCCCCUCCUCCUACUCCUCCUCCCCGUUGCCCCAACCCGCGGGCUUGUAAGGUGAGUCUGUUUAUUCUGCCAGCCUGGAAUGUUCGUUCCCCCUUAGACAACGUCAGGAGCGACCGACCGGAACGGAGGACGACGCUAGUGGCUCGGGAGCUGGCGCCCUACAAAGUGAACAUCGCUGAACUCAGACCAAGUGGAGGAGGUGGAUGCCAGCUACACCUUCUUCUGGAGCGGUUGCCCCAAAGCAGAGCGACGGGACGCGGGCGUCGCCUCUGCCAUCCGGAACGACAUCGUGGGACGACUGGCCUGUCUGUCGCAAGCCAUCAACGAUCGCCUGAUAAGCCUAUACUUGUCCCCUCGGGGAGGCAAAGCCGCCACCAUCGUCAGCGUCUGCGCUACCCUGAUGACCAACCCGGACGCAACAAGGAAGAAAUUCUACGAGGAUCUGCACGUCCUCCUGGCGACUGUACCGAAUACGGACAAGUUGGUUGUCCUUGGCGACUUCAACGCCCGCGUCGGCACAGGUCAUGCUGCCUGGAGAGGACUGCUGGAUCCCCGUGGUCUCGACGGCUCCAAUGACAAUGGUCUACUCCUCCUGCGAACCUGCACAGAACACCGCCUCAUCCUGAACAACACAUUCUUCCGCCUUCCGACGCGAGAGAAAGGCCACAUGGAUGCAUACUCGGUCGCGACACUUGCUGGAAUAUGUCCUCGUCCGGAGGCGAGACCAGCGGGACGUGCUGAUGACAGAGGCAAUCCCGAGUGCCGACGGAUGAACCGGCCGUCGUCUCGUCCUCUCCAGGCUGAAGUUUCGCCUACCGCCUUGCAGGAGACCUCAAGGUAAGCGGCCCUUUAGGUAAUCUGAAUAUUGCUUUGUUGUGUUUGCUUGCUCACAAUCUACACUUCAGCAGUGAACCUGCCAAAAGGUUAACAAGCUUUCCAGUCGCCGUCGCCGCUGCCGCUGCCGACGAUGACGAGAACGCCUCCGUGAAGAACCGAUGAUGUCAACUGCGAGACAGUCCAAUCAACCGUCCUUGCUGUCCUCGGUCACGCACAUCGCCAACAUCAGAACUGGCUCGACAACAAUGACGCUGCUAUCAACAACCUGAUCGCCCACAAGAGUCGUCUGCACAAAGCCUACGUCAAUCGCUGUACUGAUGACAACAAAGCAGACUUCUACCGUAGUCAUCGCCUUGUACAACAGCGGCUGUGGGCGAUGCAGGAAGCCUCGACAGCGCGCAAGGCCGAGGGGCUCCAAGGGUACGCGGACCGCAAAGAAUGGAAGAACUUCUUCGCCGUAAUCAAAUCUGUCUACGAUCCGCCAACCAAAGCAACUGCUCCUCCUCUCGGCGCCGAUGGAACCACCCUACUCACUGGGAAAACGCAAAUUCUGCAGCGACGGGCCGAGAACUUUAGAGGCUUCCUCAGCCGUCCCUCCACCAUCUCCGACGCCGCCAUCGCCCGUCUGCCUCAACUGUAG